AUGGAGCAUGAGAAGAUCGAGCUUCCGCCAUACAGUGCCGUGGCAAGUCCAGACCGGCCCCGGUGUCGGCCUAUGCGGCGAUCGCGGAGUCUGCGGGUAUUCGCGCUCGCCUGCCUCGCCUUCAUCGUUUACGCCCAGUGGCGACAGAUAGGCUCCGAUGUCAAGACCGGAUCCUCACUUCUAUCAAUCGAGAAAUUGGAAGGCGACUUGGAGGUGUGUUCGAAGCUGCGGUCAAAGCCGCAAGAUCCGAUCGGGGCCGGACGCGGCCGCAAUGCGCGUUACAUCGACGGCCACAAGCCUACCCUCAUCAAGAACGCCACCAUUUGGGUCGGCGAGCCGGUCGAGGGGGCGAGUGACGAAGAUGCACGCACUGGCAAGGGCUACUCGUGGGUUAGUGGCGAUGUGUUCGUCGAGUACGGUCUCAUCAAGAAGGUUGGAAAGGACGUCGAUGGGAGCUAUCUGUCAUCCGAUUAUCUGGUGUUUGACGCCCAAGGCCGCCCACUCACCACCGGCAUCAUCGACAUGCACAGCCAUGCCGGUGUGGACAGUCUACCUGAGCUCUGGGGAAACGAGGAUACGAAUGAGAUGAGCUCUGACAUUACGCCAUACGUUCGCUCCAUCGACGGCUUGCAGCCCAACGACCAUCAGCUGCAAGUCAUCAAAUCGGGUGGUGUGACUACGAGCCUGGUGCUGCCCGGGUCUGGCAACAACAUUGGUGGCGAAGCAUUUGUCAUCAAACAUGCCGUUGGCGAGGCCGACGGCCGCAAUGAGACUUCUGACACGGAUAUGCUGGCCGAUCCUGACCGCGCAUGGCGAUACAUCAAGAUGGCAUGUGGAGAGAAUGCCAAGCGGGUUUACGGCAAGGUUGGUGAACAUGGACCGGUAAGCCGGCUGGGCGAAUCGUGGGAGUUCAGACACGCAUUCGAACAAGCAGCGAACCUGGUCCGUUCUCAAGACGACUGGUGCAAUGUCGCUGAGUCUGUCGGCGUUCGAAACAUGGACAUUUACCUACCGCAAGAGCUGCGAUGGGAGACACUAGGUGCAGUUCUGCGCGGCCAGGUCCACGUCAACACCCACUGCUACACCAUUCCGGAUCUCGAGGCUUUCGUCGACCACACUAACGAGUUCAAAUUUCCGAUUCGCGCCUUUCACCAUGCGCAUCAGACGUUCCUUGUCCCUGAGAUUCUGAAGCGAGCAUACGGCGAUUCACCACCAGCUUCGGCACUGUUCGCUGACAACAUGUGGUACAAGGCGGAAUCAUACAUCGGAUCCGAGUAUGCCGGAAAAGUGCUGUAUGAAAACGGCCUGACACCUAUCUAUGUCAGUGACAAUCCUGUCCUGAAUGCCCAACAUGUUGUGUUUGAGGCUGCUAAGUCGUUCGGGUACGGUCUGCCGUACCAUGCUGCAAUGGCUUCGGUCACCACCGCUCCAGCUGAGCGGCUGGGUCUUGGCCAGCGAUUGGGCAAAAUCAAGCCUGGCUACGAUGCCGACAUUGUGGUUUGGGACAGUGACCCUAUGAGUGUCGGCGCCACGCCGGUCCAAAUCUGGAUUGAUGGAACUGCACAGUUCAAAGAUCCCGUCGAGUUGAAGAAGCCAUACGAGGCACCCGUCAUUGCGGUCAAGGAAGCGUCCGUGCCAGUCGAAGAGCCCACCAUCGACGGCGAUGUCAUCUUCACUGGUGUGGCCAAAUCCUUCAUUUCGGAUAGGUCAUCGCAAGAAGCCACCGAAGGGCAGAAUUCCACCGUCGCGAUCUCCAACGGCAAGAUUACCUGCAUCGGUACCUGCGCCGCGGAACUCCAAUCCGCCGCCACUUCAGGCGUAAAGGUCAUCGCCUUGAAAAACGGGUACCUGACCAAGCCAUUCACCGUCUUCGGCUCAACCAUCGGCCUCAACGCUAUCGACGCGGAGAAGGACACCGAUAACGGCGCCGGCACGUCUAUAUUCAGCCGCGGCGUCGACGGGCUGGCCUUCGACACCAAGAAGCUGCAUUACGCGCACAAAUACGGUGUCACGCGUGCCAUCUCAGCGCCCAAGUAUACCGGCCAGGGAACGCACCAGGGCACGAGCGUGGGCUGCCACACCGGUGCCAAGCACGCACUCGAGGAGGGUGCCGUGUUCGCCGAUGACGUCGCUGUGCACUACACCCUCGACCUCGCCUCCAAGAGCGGAAGCACGUCGAUCUCCAACGCGGUGGGGACGCUGCGCCGCAAGCUUCUCGAGGCCGUGGACGGGAGCGCGAAUGUCACGGAUGCCUACUCCGAGGCAGCCUUCCUCGCGAAGGUCGUGAACGGGACCAUGCCCUUGGCCAUCACGGUCCACAGCGCCGACGUCAUAGCUUCGGUCCUGAAGGUCAAGACCGCAGUCGACAGCGCCAUCACCACUUCAUCACGCGGAACCGACAGCAGUCCCCCCGGCAUCAACCUCGUCAUCAUCGGCGGUGCCGAGUCCUUCCUCCUAGCUGACGAGCUUGCCGCCGCCGGCGUGGGCGUCGUCCUGAGCCCCCUGCUCUCGUACCGCUCGACCUGGGACCAGCGCCGCGCGCUCACCGGCGCGCCGCUGACGAACGGCACUGCGGUCGACGCGCUUGUUGCUGCUGGUGUGAUUACUGCGAUCGGCAUCGAGGAGGACUGGCUCGUGAGGGACGUGGGGCUGCUCGCUGGCAUCGCAUACAGGAAUGGCGGCGGGGCGAUUGGGGAGCGGGAGGCGUUGGAGAUGGUUGGGGGGAAUGUUUACGAUAUGCUGGGGCUGAAGGGCGGUGGUGGGGGGGUGGGGGUGCGGGAUGAGUUUGUUGUGUUUGAGGGGAGCCCGUUGGAGGUUGGGGCGAGGGUUAGGGCUGUGGGUGAUGGGACUGGUAAUGUGAGUGUUUUGGUGUAG